AUGGUUGUCUUGAACAAGUUCUCCGUUGCCCUUGUGGCCGCUCUCGCUGCUGUGGGUCAGGCUACUCACGAGGGUCUCCAUGCUCGUCGUGUCCUGGCUCGCUCUGUUACCCCUGGUGCCGACGCCUCGACCUCGACCGUCCUCGUUGUGCCCACUGCUGCCGAGCCAGCUCCUACGGCUUCUUCUUCUGCCGUGCCUGCUCCUGCUGAGGAGUCCUCCACCGCGCAGCCUUCUUCUGCCGUGCAGUCUUCUUCUGCUCCCUCCGUGGCUUCCAGCUCCAUUCCUUCUGUUGCUCCGUCUGUCGUUGCCUCCUCUUCGGUCGUUUCGAUCCCUGGUGUGAGCUCCUCUGUGCCUGCUGGCUCUUCUUCGACUGUCGCUUCUUCCAGCAAGCCUGUUGUCACCCGCACUCCCAUUAGCUCUCGUCCUACCGGUCGUCCCACCAAGUCCUCUUCCGGUGUCCUGUCCAGCACUGUGUCUGCUCCCGCUGGCACCGACGUCCCUGGCGAUGGCUCCGUUACUGUGACUUACACUGUGACUUCUGGAACUUCUACUAGCGUCAUCACCACCACGAUCUCCAAGACCGCCACUAACGAGCACACCAUCACUGCCACUGAGUCUGGCUCUGAUGCCUCUGCCACCAAUCCCGCUGAGGACACCACUCACACUCGCACCUCCACUAUCAACAGCACCAAGACCGAGACCAUCACUCUCGUUGAGGUUCCCACUUCCUCCGGUGGUGCUGGCAAUGGUUCUGGUGCUUGUUCCGCCGUUACCGUUACUGCUACUGUCACCGAGACUGUGACUGCUGGCGCUACCGAGACCCAGACCCCCGGCAACGGCAACGGCAAUGGCAACGGCAAUGGCAACGGCAAUGGCAACGGCAAUGGCAACGGCAAUGGCAACGGCAAUGGCAACGGCAAUGGCAACGGUGAGGGCGCACAGAGCACCUCCACUGAGACCACCCGCACUGCCACUGGCUCCACCCGCAUUCCCCUCACCCGCACUCCUAUUCCUUCUUCCAGUGGUUUCGCUACCCGGACUCCUUCCGCCAGCGCCAGCGCCAGCGUUCAGCCUACCCCCGCCUCCAGCGGCCAGCCCUUGCCCACUGGUACCCCCACUGGCAAGCCCUUCUUGGCCAACUGGCGCCGCCACUUCAUCUAA